AUGAUUCGACGUCCCUCAGAAUCCAAAAAGCCACCCCAAAUGAAUGGGAUAACUGCUUGGAAGACGCGGUAUGCUGUCACGGAAAAGUUGAUCAGGUCUGUGGAUACUGACAGAUCAGUUGCAGUGGUCGUGAUGGACCUCAGAACCCUCGAAGGUAGUCCCGGCGGUGGCGGUCAAAUCCAGGUUUAG